AUGAGUAGCUCUCACUUGGAACAUGCCAAUGCUGGUAAUUGGUAUAGGAACAGAAAUGCAUUACCUCAUCAUGUAGCAAUCCAUGUUGAUCAGUUAGGGCAGGCAAAUUUCUCUAGAAUUCAAGCUGCUAUUGAUUUCAUUCCAUCAAAUAACAAACAGUGGUUUUGUAUCCAUGUCAAGGCCGGAAUAUAUAGAGAGAAGGUGAAGAUCCCAUCUGACAAACCAUACCUCAUUCUUGAAGGAGAAGGGGAAAGAACAACUUUCAUUGUUUGGGGAGAUCAUGAUUCCACGUUACAAAGUCCUACUUUUAUGUCUUCAGCAGAUAACAUUGUAGUUAGAAACAUUAGCUUUGUGAACAAGUACAAUUUCCUUGACAAUAAUAAACCUUUAACACCAGCGGUAGCUGCUAUGAUUUCUGGGGAUAAAUCUGCAUUUUACCAGUGUGAUUUUGCUGGGGUGCAAGAUACUUUGUGGGAUGAUCAAGGCAGACAUUACUUCAAAGAUUGCACCAUUCUGGGAGCUGUUGAUUUCAUCUUUGGUAGUGGUCAAUCUAUAUAUGAGGGUUGUUCCAUUAAGGUACUUGGAGGUGGAUAUGUAACGGCACAGGGAAGAAGCAACCCAAAUGAUGCAAAUGGAUUUGUGUUCAAGAUGUGCAACAUCUUCGGCACUGGUCCAACCUACUUGGGGAGGCCAUGGAGAGCGUAUUCCAGGGUGAUAUUCUACAAGUGUUACUUUGCAAAUGUCAUAGACCCCAGGGGAUGGAAUCCUUGGAAUUUUCUUGGCCAAGAGAACCGGAUAACAUAUGUAGAGUAUGAAAACUACGGACCAGGAGCUGCCUCUACACAGAGGGUGAACUGGGUGAAGAAGCUGAGCCCUCAAGCCAUUGAUCAAUUUACUAGCUUGUCUUUCAUUAAUUCUGGAAAUUGGAUUCAACGCCAACCUAGUUGCUGA